UUGAAACAAUUUAAGAUUUUUUCGAGCACAAACAAGGACGUUUUGCUAAAUGAGAUGCGACAUAUUUACUGUUUAACACCGGUUAAUACACAGAUAUAAAACAUAGCUAGAGUGAAUAGCGGUGUUACAUUUCUUUCCGCACCUUAUGUGAUAUUUAAAAUAACCAGACUGACGAGAUGAGAAUGCAGGCUUCGUGGAAUAGUAUGAGACUAAGGGCGAUUUUCAGAAAGUUGUGAAUGAAUAGUGUGUGGUUUGUAUGGAUAUGGAUGUUUUCAACCUGUUUCUUCAUGUGUUAAGACUGGAUGAAUAUACCAAAGUAACAUGCAGGCACUGAAAUGUGUAUUAGUAGGUGAUGGGAAUGUUGGAAAGACAUCUUUGAUGAAGACUUACAAGGAAAAAUGCUUUCCAGAGACCAACAUCCCCACUGUGUUUGACUCAAUCAAGGUAACCAUGCAAAUGGACGAAAAUAACUACGACCUUACGGUGUAUGAUACGGCCGGCCAAGAAGCGUACGAUAGGCUACGACCUUUGACGUACCCACAAACGGAUGUGUUCCUAAUGUGUUUCUCCUUGGUAUCCAGAGCCUCGUAUGAGAAUGUCAGACUCAAGUGGUUGCCUGAACUUAAACACCAUUGCCGGGACGUCCCUAUAGUCUUAGUUGGCACGAAACUGGACAUGCGUGACGAGAACAGUACGAAAGACGAUGCACUAAUGAAUGGGGAUCGCGAUGAAAAUAUAGCAGGGAAAACGAUCAGCUCACAACAAGGCGAUUCGCUGAAGAAAGAUGUUGGCGCCCGUUUUUACGUUGAAUGUUCCGCCAAAACGCAGACGUCAACCAGAGACGUGUUUGAAAGUGCAAUCAGGGCCGUUAUAACCCCCUCUAAGCGGAAACGGAGGGAAUUUGGUUGUGCGCUUGUGUGAUGUCGACUUCAGUUGCGUGAUGUGUACAUUGUUAUACACUUCCGUAAUCUAUUGUUAUGAGUGUUACACGCGAAAAGAGAAAUUGUUAGGACUUUUCCGACAAUGUACACAAUGCUGUGAAUUACAUACAGUUUACGAGGAAUCGUUUGGAUUUUGAAGCAUUUUAAAAAUGUAGUGUUGUGAAUAACAUAUUACAUAUUUCCCGAAGGUCCGACAAUAAAUCUAUUUAAUUAUAUACACAUUUAAAAUUUGUCAGGUCAUAACGCUGCCUUAUAUCUCGUUGUUGAACUGAAGUCAUGGUUACGAUCAAUAACAGGCAAGCCUCCCGUAAGUCACAUGAUAUUUUUGUAGGUUGCGUGACGUGUGAUAGUGAUUUUGGCUCGCGCACUUAUUAGAGUCUUUUGAUUAUAUAUUCAUAUAUGAAACCGCAAGCAUUAUCGCAAAUGAUUCGAUUUCAUUUAUAUCUUACAAAUAAGCACUGCUUUCGAAAUACAUGUAUAUGUGUGACUUAAUUUUCUUUAUUUCUUUUUCCUGGCAUAAACGUGUAUGAUCUUCCUUUCUGCGCAUUGUGUUUCAAUUCAUUAUUUAGAUAGUAUUAUCUAACCUUCGUUGAUAUUCGUAUUUACGUAUGUUUAUGUUAUCGUUGAAAUUAAAAUUGCUUGUGUGGGCAUAUACGAGACUGUUUUUACAUGUAUGUUUAUUGUAACAAUAAUAAAAUAUUACAAUAUUC